AUGAAUAGUACCCCAAAUUCCAUCUUCUCAGGACGCUGCCAAAUAAGCAUCUUUCAAUACAGAUGUCUCCACAACGGGCAGGAGAACAGCGCAAGAUGCAGGAGUCAUCUCGAUAACAAGCCUUGUAUCCCUGAUGUGGUUUACUCGGAGGAAGUCAAGGAUAGAGAUUGCGCAGAAUGUGUCAUGAGUAGAGAUUCCGGUUAUACUUCCGACGAAAUUUACAUGAAUACUCCCCCGAACACUGCCACCAAACUAUCAGAACUCGAUGACAAGAGACGAAGUGGUAUUAAACGCAAAUCCACACCAAGCGGAACCGGAGGAGAUAAGCUUGCAAGAAGUAAGGACAUCAAAUUCCAACAAGCUAGAAAUGAUGAACUGAGAUAUAGAAGAGCUAUUGUCAAGUCUCGCAGUGGAGGUGGAUAUAGCACACCUACGAAGACUUCCAGAAAGAUACCUAAGAGAACGAGAAUGAGUGCAAAGGCACAAUUGAAGUCGAAGGCGGAGGCGAUGAAAUGA